AUGGAAGUCCUUCUGUCUCUUGGGCUGUUCCUGCUGGUGGCAGCAGCUGCUGUCAUCUUCUUGCUCAAGCCGUACUUCGACUGGAGGGCCAGUUGCGAUAAGUCCCUCGAGUCUCAAGUCUCAAGGACUUCCUUCCAAUGCGUCCCUGGCGAGCUCAUCCCACCAGCUUGGAAGGCGCCAGAGGUGACUUUGUCUGUGAUCGUGCCCGCCUACAACGAGGAGUACCGGGUGCCGCAGAUGCUGGACGAGACGCUGACCUAUCUAGAGGGGCGCGGUGCAUCGUCUUCCUUCUCUUAUGAGAUCAUCGUGGUGGAUGAUGGCAGCAGUGACAACACUUACGCUGCAGCUCUGUCUGCAAGCACGGCAGCUUCGCUUCGUCAUGGUGAAGUGAAGAUAAUACAGCUGCUCGCCAACCGUGGCAAGGGCUUUGCUGUCCGCGCGGGUAUGCUAGCCGCACGAGGCUUUCUGUGCCUGCUGCAUGUUUCGUAG